AUGGAUUCUACAACAGACAAUUUCGGUAUGGAUUCUGGAGGGAAUGCACUCACCAGUAAUAUGGGUGCGGACACUAAAGUCGACACAGGCAUGGUGAAUGUUGCAUUCGAGAAUGACGACCGUUUGAGCAAUGAUGGAGAUAAUGUGAGUUGCCACAGCAUUGCUGACGAGUACAAAAACGAUAGGAUAAACGACUUAGGAACUAUUUCCACAGGAAAUUACAAACACAACGAUAACGGCGAUGUGAACGUCAAUGUUAAUAUUUCACACGAAAUCACGGAUUUGGACGACAACAUGCACGAGGACGAUGUUCCCAAAGUAGUUCCGAAUGGUUCUCCUGAAGACAAUAAAGCUGUACGAAUACAGGAAAUAAACAAUGUAAAUAAAGGUAAAGAGAAUGGUGGUGGUGAGUUCCGAGUACGUAUUGAUGACGACCCGGUGACCGUUACUGUAGAAAGUCCGACCUUGCGCACAAAGGUCAACGGAGGGAAUGGCAUUUCUUCAUCCAAUCGGGACUCAACCAUACCAGACGGAAUGGACGACCUAAGAUGGUAUGAGUGGAUUACUGUCCACUUCAAAAAGAUCGCCGGUGAAAAAGGGCACAUAACUCUUAAAGAAUUCAAAGAAGCCUUCCAAAUAAAGAAGUCGUUCUUCGCUGAGCGGUUCUUCCAAAUGUUUGACGAGAAUGGAAGUGGCUCUAUAGAACUGAUCGAAUUGAUGAGUGGACUGCGCACGCUCAGGAAAGGAACCCCCACGGAGAAACUUCAGUUCCUGUUUCGUGUGUACGAUAUUGACGGAAGUGGUUCCAUCGAUCGGAACGAGUUGAACACUGUUUUGAGGACAAGUAUGGAGGAGAGUUCCCUGACAUUAGGGGAAGAAAACUUAACCAAAAUGACAGACGCGAUCUUUGAAGCGGCAGAUACCGACAAUAGCGGAGAAAUCUCUUUCGAGGAACUUAAAACGGAACUUGAAAAAUACCCGGGUGUCAUGGAAAAUCUGAGUAUCAGCGCUGCUUCUUGGUUGAAGGCACCUACCAAUGACAAAAGAAAGAAACCUUCCAAAUCAUCCCGCUAUUUCACAGCCACAUAUAUCCGGAACAAUCUUAAAAAAAUCGUUUUUCUAAUCGUGUACAUCCUUGUCAACAUUGCGCUUGGAAGUUACGCUGCUUACAACUACAGGGAAUCGAACGGAUGGUACAUUUUGGCGCGAAUUUGUGGCAUGUGUCUGAAUUUCAAUGGAAUGUUUAUCCUUGUCUUAAUGCUGCGGAAAAGUUUGACGUACUUGAGGCUGACCUUCCUACAUCAUAUCUUACCGAUCGACCAAAAUAUCUACUUUCACAAACUGUGUGGUGUUUUUAUUGCCUUUUUUAGUUUGUUCCACACCGUUGGACAUAUCGGAAAUGCUGUUGUCGUGGCGGCGCUUGAUGACAAUGUCGUAAACGCGACCUCUGACCUUCAGGCAUGGGAAGUGUUGUUUACUACUAAAGCUGGGAUCGGUUUUGUUGGAGCUAGUGCUUUCAUCACUGGCUGGAUACUGGAUGUGGUCCUCGUUAUCAUGGUCAUCUGUUCCCUACCGUUUGUUAGAAGAUCAGGACAUUUUGAGGUGUUUUACUGGACACACACACUUUACAUCGCGUUCUGGAUCCUGCUCAUUCUCCACGCACCAAAUUUCUGGAAAUGGUUUAUAGCUCCUGGAAUUCUUUUCAUUGGAGAGAAAUUUUUCCGAAGCAAAUUCGUGAAGCGCGUUCGAUACGGCACAAAUUAUAUACAGGAAGUUACCAUCCUACCUUCCGGUGUGACCCAUCUGGUGAUAUCGAAAGGCGAAAAGUUUCAUUAUAAGCCUGGAGAUUACUGCUUCAUUCAGAUUCCCUGCAUCGCUAAUUACGAAUGGCAUCCCUUUACCAUCAGCAGUGCUCCUGAAAUGAAAGGAAAGUUUACGCUUCACAUACGAUCGGCUGGUCACUGGACUAAGAAACUGUACGAGUAUUUUGAACAGCUAGAUCCCGGAUCAGGUAAUACUUUUGAGGAGGAGGAUGACGUCAUUCCUAAAAGGAGAAGCACAAGUCGACGAGGAACACGUAGUCGGUCUUUAUACAAGAGUAUCAAAGGAACGUUCAAGAAAUCUGAAAGAGAAGAUGAACUGACACUAGAAGAACUGAGAGCCGAGAAGAGACGAAGACGAAAACAUAAGAAAGUAAAAAUUUUGUGUAAUAUUGACGGCCCAUAUGGAACAGGGUGUAGGGAAGUGUUUGAUACAGAGCACGCGGUCCUGAUCGGCGCGGGAAUUGGCGUGACUCCUAUGGCCUCCAUUUUACAGAGUGUCAUGUACCGCUACAAAUCGUCAAAGCGUCAAUGUCCACAUUGUAAACACGAGUUCUACGGCGACAUCCCUGAACACUCCAUGGCACUGAAGAAGGUGGACUUUAUUUGGAUCAACCGUGAUCAGAAGUGUUUUGAAUGGUUCAUGAGUAUGUUAACUGAACUAGAGUUAGAACAGGCUGAACGCUCGGACUCGGGAAAUCUCAACCGUAUUAUCGACAUGCAGUUCUAUAUGACGUCAGUAAAGGACCUUACGGACAUGAAGGGGAUAGGUCUCCAGCUAGCCAUGGAUCUGUUACAUAAGAAGGAUCACAAAGAUCUGAUCACAGGGCUACACACUCGGACACAAGCAGGAAGACCGAAAUGGGGCAAGGUUUUAAAAGGUAUUGCGGAACAGAAGAAAGGUAAGGUGAAGGUAUUCUUUUGCGGGGCUCCGGCUUUGGGGAAAAUCAUCAAAGUGGAAUGCGAGAAACUCAAUUUCGCUUUUUCAAAAGAGAACUUUUAA